UCCUCGUCCCCUCAAAUUCUCCACAUAGUAUUCCAGGGUUUAAGACUUCACCUUUCCCAUCCCCCAAUUUCUAAUUCCCUCCCCCACGCCCCCGCCCAGAAAAAAAGGAGAAAAAAAAAAAAACACACACACACACACACAGAGGGGAGGAACACAGGGACAUGUCUGAAAUAAUGAAAACAUAUCCUACCAAUGAGUAUUUGCAUGAAAGGAAGCUCUUUUUCGGCCCAACAUUAGAGACUAGAAUGAUUUUUUCGGUUCCAAAUGAAAUAAUUCAAUCAAAGAUGAAUAGAAUAAGAUUAAUUGGCGGCGGAGGAAAUAAGGUGAAGGGCAAGGCGGCUUUAUUAGCUAAUUAUAGUGAUGAAGGGUCUGUUCAAGGUGCCCUUGACAAUUCCCCGAUUUCGAUAGAGCUAGAGCCAAUUUUGAGCGAAUCCCAGUUCGAUCGGGUCAUUGCUGAAGCUCAACAGCUUGAAGAACCAAUUUUAAUUGUAUGGAUGGCAAGGUGGUGCAGAAAAUGCAUAUAUUUAAAACCGAAGUUGGAAAAGUUAGCUGCUGAGUAUAAUCCGAGAGUACGCUUUUUCCAUGUUGAUGUUAAUAAUGUUUCACACAAGCUCGUGGUUCGAGCAGGAGUUACUAGCAGAAAAUGCCUACCAUACAGCUAUGGAAGGAUGGCCAGAAAGAAGGGGAGGUGAUUGGACGGCACAAAGCACAUUUGGUGGUUAAUGAGAUACGUGAAAUGAUUGAAAAUGAAUACACCUUGUAAUUCAAUCCAGUCCCUGAGGGUAUGCAUUUAAACUUCAUUCAACAUUAGCCAAUCGCACAGGAAAAAGCUGCAUUCAGGUGUUUCGCUUGCCCAAUUAUAGGGAGAUCAUUGGCUUACUUUUUCCAAUGCGUCAUAGGAAGAUAAUUAAUAUACUUGUCCCCUUGUUUUUCCUAUUUGUCUUCUCCCCUCGCAAAACCUCCCUCUUUUGGGGGUAGAAGGAGGGGAGGGGGCAGGGGAGUUUGCCACUUUUCGUUCUGGUUAUGUAGCUGGCUACAUACUUACCCAUCUUAAGAAUAAUAUAGUGCCACCUUUCAGGAAAAAAAAAAAAAAAAAAGGAAAAAAAUAGUGCCACUCCUGUACUUACCAAGAUUAGCUGAGGAUGCACUACAUAUAUCGGUGGCCAGGAUGUCCCAUCUUCACUGGUUUGUUCUUUCCUUUUUGAGUAUUCUCAUUUUACCUUGUUUUAUGGAACCUUCCGCUGCCUGUUAGAUUACUCACAAAAGAUUUGCUGAUAAAGAUGGAUCCAUGUGUUUAAUUCCA